CAGCCUGAACCAGAGCGCCUGAACGCCAUUGCUCACACUCCCGUCCUCCGGGACAUUCUGACCCCUCCUUUCCGCCUGUAUCAGUCACCUGCGCGGCAGCAGCUUUUCGUCCGUGACUUUGUUGCCUAAAGGAUUUGUCCCCUUCGUCAGAAGAUCUAUCUGGUGUCUUCGUGUUUUCUCAGAGUUACAAACGAGAUUCGACGUGCUUUUACUGGGUUUCUGGAGCAGGCAAAUGCGCUGAACUGCCGCUCCUCAUGGCGUACCAUGACGGUGAUUAUCGCAGCCCCUCUGUAGGCCCCUACGAGCAGAGGACCUCCAGCGACGACCUCACUGGCUCGGACUCUCGUCGACAUUCUGGCUACGCAACUCCAUAUCCCUCCCAUUAUACGGGAGAUCGGAUGAACAUGCCAGAACCACGAGCACCAUCACCUCAUCCUUCGUCCUCCUAUCAACAGAAGUCUCACGGUUAUCAACAGUAUGGUGAUCAAGAUGGAUAUGGGCAUCAGCAGCAACAGGGUGGGAUCAAUGAUGCGAUCCAUUCAGCAUUCUACAAGACGCAUCCAUCGAACUACCUCAGUCCACAAGUCCUGAAUCAGAUCACCGAUCAGGUUCUUCAGCAGCUGAAGAAUACCGGCCUAUACAGCACCCAGGAACAGCAGGGGUCCAGACAAAGCUCGAGUCCACAACCGGCGGGACGUGCAGAGUCAUCUCAUUCGGCGGCAUCGAUCCAUGACGAAAAACACAAUGCCAAUUCGCCUCCUUCUCCUCGUAGGUCCCCUCGUGGGUACCCUUCACCAAAACCACAGACGAGAUACCCUCCACCACCUUCUUCCGAGAGAAAGGAAUCGCCUUCGACCCAGACAAGUGACACUCAGAAAGAGUCCCGGCCUAAGGCACCUUCGAGAGCACCUACCGUUGAGGAGUUGACGACGUUGGAGAAGAUAUGGGACAAGUUAUUCGAGGACGGCAAGCCCACAAAGAGGCUGGGCCAGUUCCUCCGAGGAAUAGCUGUUCAUCUGAUCGAAGAGUACCCACCUGGUAACACUAUCGUUGCCCUUCCCGAUAAGCUACAGAAGUUCUAUGAAGAUACAAAAGUCGCAUCAGACCCUUACCCAUGGCAUGAUAUCUUUGAUGACAACACCUCGUCGAUCUCUAGACUCUACAGAGCCAUCGAGGCAGAGCACCAUCUUGUUCAAGGGAAGCUGGACGAGAGACCUGAUAUCCCCGGCUUGACUCCGCGCGGAUUUGAGCGUUGGGCUAGUCUGAUGAUCUUGGCACAUCCUGAGAGGGAAUUUGAGCGGCUUCAGAAGGCACUGUUGGCUAUGCCCAUCAGCAACCCCGAUAACAGGAAGGAGAGAUUCCCCAAGGAAAUCCCGAGACGAUUGUUUCCAGAGGCCCCGGAUCUUGCUGUGAGAGAAAAGCUAGACAAGGCCAUUAUGACGCAUUGCGGUGUGCCUCUGCCCCCCAUCACAGAGGAAGAGCGAUCUAAGGCAGCGGCGUCUCAUCGUCGUACUGCUUCUAAAGAAAAGACCACUGCUGGCUCUUCCUCCACUACGACUACUACUGCAGAGCCUGCCCACUCGCAUACAGAACGUGGUCGCCCAUUGCAAACCGCACAAGCUUCUGCUGUCACUGAUGAUGAGGACGAAGGGGUGCCAGCGCGACCAAUUGAACGCGAGAGGAAGCCAUAUGCUGCCCAGCCAGGUGGAGGUAAGGUCUAUGGUGAUUCUCCGCCGCCCAGACACUCCCACGCAGAGUCAUUCUCGUCCGGUACGAGACCAAAAGAAUAUGUCUUCGCACCGACGUCUACAUCGGGGCAGAGACCAUACAGCAACUACGCCCAGGAUCCGACUUACCCUCGUACUGGAGCGGAACCUGGACUAUAUCCUCCAACCUCGAGAUAUAGCCGCAGCCGCAGUCCCUCAUUUGGCGCAGGUGGAUCUAGUUAUAGACAUUCAGACGGCAACCUCUCCUCUAGUAACGGCGGCCAUGGAGGAUAUUCAGGCAAUGGUCCUUAUUCUGCCUCGGCUACGUCUGCCUUCCCGGACGAUGUGUUCGACGACGCCCAUACUCGCCGCUAUCAUUACGAUCGUGGUACGGAGGACGGAAGGACCUACGACACUCUCCGGGACCGGGAAAGAGAUCGAGUGCGCGAAAAUCCAAAGUACCACGGUUAUCCUGCUCAUGGAAACUGGAGCAGUGACGAGGACUACUACCGUGGGAUGCUAGGUGGUCAAGGAGGUGGCCCAGUUGAAGGUGGUUCUUAUAAGACCUACACAUACAGAUGAUUUUCCUUUACGGGUCCGGAUAUGUGUAUGUUCCCGUAUGUUUUGAAGUCAUGGUUCUGUACAUGCAUAUAUAUUCUUUCCUUUCUGGACAACUAGGAGUUUUCGGCAUAUACGACGUUUGCUUGGAACUCUACCCCUUCCAUCGAAUCUUCAGAGAUGGAUGCCUUAUUCAAGGUCCCUUGUCUAUAUCCUUCUUUCAUUGUAUAACUUCUA